UUUUUAUCUUGGUCGACAAAUCCAUUUGGUGGCUUGCUACUUGUAUAUAUAGAUGGCCUUCUAUUCAUAGUUAUUUCUUCCUUAAUCACAAAGAAGAUGGAAUCCGCUAUUUCGUCAUUACCACAGAGGCAGCAGCAGCAACAAGGAGAUAUAGGGAGCAGCCAAGGAGCAGCAGCGGCGAGCAGUUCGUCAUCGUCAGCAGGUUCUAUAGGGCCGUUCUUCGCGGUUAUCUCGAUUCUCACAUUUCUUGCAAUAGUUUCUUGCGUGGUGGGAAGAAUUUGUGUCCGACGUCGGACGGCAGCGCCAGUUACACCGUUGGAUACUAUCAAGCAUGGAGGCUGCUUGGGAUGGUUGAAGCGAAAGUGUCGACAUUGUAUGGCUGGCGAGGUGGAGGUGGGAGCCAAGGUCAUGUCUUUUGGGGAAGAAACAAAUAACCAUGCCCAUUCCCCUGAAGUUUGAAAUUUAAG